AUGGAAGAGGUAUUGCGACAACCACAGCGGUCCAUAUCCUCUACUGUGGCUGCCUGGGGCAGGACCCAGCACGAAUUGCCGGCAGAGGCAGUUUUGGACAGAACGAUGGCACAUUUGGAUGCCACGACGGCCGAAACUCUGCGCGACAACUUCAGCUGGCUCAAAGAGCUCUUACAGCGACGCCCUGCUAGAAACGACAGAGCCUGGAUUCUUACCACGGGCAACCAACAUUGUCCGGACAAGCAGCGCCUUCAACAGCAGUUGCGCCCCCAUGUCCUGGAGAGGCUACGACAACGCCUCCCGGAGCCAUUGGCCCUGGAAGCUGCAGACACCUUCACCAACAUGGCUACGUCCCUGUGGUACCAAGACUUCCUUACGGCGAUGUUUCCUUGGCUCACAGCGGAGGAACAAUUGCAGUUCCAACAGUGGUUUCAGGACUAUGAGUGGAAUCAAUACCUCUCCUUGCCACCUUCAGCAGCGGCCCUGGCCCGGAUGGAUGAGACUGGAGAGGAAGUUGACCGCAACGCUUUACCGAGAGGAUCCGCGGAUCCCGUGCCGCCGCCACCGCCGUCAUGGUUGGAGAUCAGCUUGGUCGAGCAUCUCCUGAAGCUAGCAACACCUACCUUCCAAGCCAACCCGACAGUGGUUAGUUUGCCGACUGCGGCCAGGCCAAGUGUGCUCUGGACUACACCAGUCCUGCCCGCAGAAGCACACUAUGCCCGGCCCCAGUUCCCGCCUUGCCUUAUGGUUCUUUUGGGUUCUAUCCGCAGUGGCUUGACGCUGAGCACGGCCUCUGGCAAACGUAGACUAGCACAUCUACGCCUGGAGACCCAGCCUGCCAUUGACCUGUUGGGCAUGUACCAACACGCUUGGGACCCAGGUCUGAAACAAUGGACGGGCAGUUCCGAGGAACGUGUCCAGCAGCUGCUGCAAAGUCGCGCGGACUUUUGGGAAUCUAUGCGAAAGUGGGUGCGAGCGGUUCCACGCCGCAACCAGCUUCUCAUAGCAGGCGAUGCCAACGCCACCCUACGCCCUCAACCGCCCUACGUAGGCUUUGUAGGCGGUAUGCAGCUCUCAUUAGACCUGGCAAAAGCCUACGACCGGCUUCCGCGCACCACGCUCGUCGCAGCCCUGCGUCGCGUCCAUGCAGACCCAGACCUCAUAGCGCUAAUCCUCACCAUUCACGACAAUGCCUGCUUGGUCAUUGAACGUUUUCAGGAGAGAGCGAGGGUAGGCAUGGGCCGAGGCAUCCGCCAAGGAUGCGGACUGUCUCCACUGCUGUGGAUCUGUUUUACCAUUCUGGUGCAUGAUCAGCUGUCCACAUAUUUGCCAGCAGGCAGCAUUACUAGCUACGCAGAUGAUUUCCACGUUCAAUGGAGCUUCAGCCAUUCGCGAGAGUUCAAGGCGGCAUGUCACACUUUGCCUCGUAUCAUCGCAGACCUUGACACACUAGGUAGAGAAGCAGCCCAGCUACUGAAGACCUAUACAUGCCGCAGACCCCAGGGCCGAAUGCUGAUCGUCCAGCACCCGAGCGGUGAACUGUACGGCAUUUCAGCCACGGGCAUUGACGCCGUAAGUGCAGCCAAGUUUGAAGGGCAGCUGCUGAAACAACUCCGCACUGUUAAAGCGCUGCAACCGAUUGUUAAGGAGUGGCUCAAGCAACGGAGCAGGCUGCAGCGCCCUUGUGAGUUUUGCGAGGCCUGGUACCAGGUCAGUCCCGACUUCCCUAUGGCAGCUCAAGCAGACCAACAGCUGCUGGAAGCCCGCGCAGAGCUGGCUCAGUUCUCGGCGCUGCACUCCAGGACACCAGCAACAACGGCUCCCCCAUCCGAAGCGGGGACGGACAUGGAGCUCGACCGGGACAAGAGGAGCGCAGACCACCACAGGCCGGAGAACCCGACCAAGUUCGCCAAGGGGGAGAACAAGGGCGACAAACAACUGUCGUUUGCCUCGGCCCCCACGGGGAAGGGACAGUCCCUGGCAGCGAACCAGAAGCUCGGGGAGCCGGACCAGGAGGAGGCCAACAAGACGAACGACCCGGGCACUGGCUCCACAGACUUGGCCAAGCCCGAUCGCAACAGGCGCAGCCCAGCCCGCGAGACCGGAAAGUGGGGAAGCCAGGGAUGGUGGGGCGCACGCCGCGGGCAAAGCCAAAGGCAGGGCCGUCGCGACCGAGACGGGGACGAGGACCUCAAGGAGCUGGUGAAGCAGAUGGGAAGGUUGGUUUUAAGGUUGGAGGACUCCCAGACCAUAGCCAGCCUCGACACGCAGUUCAUCAUGUUCAUCGGGACGGUAGCCGAUCACAAGGGUUGGUCCCUGACUGCGAACCUCUACCGGGUAGCACAGGAGUGGAACCAGCAGAAAGAACAAGCCCCCGAGACCCUCACCCAGCCGCUACGCGUUGUGCUCCUGCAUUCCUUCCUGGAAGUCCUCUACCACAAGAUCGAGGCCAUGGAGGAGGACCAAGAUUUGAGGCGGGCUCGAGAAUUGGGCCUGGUACAGGACCUGGAAACUGCCCCGGCCUACCCGUACUUGCGCUGGGACAAUCAAGAGAAGCGCCACAAGCAGGAGACAAUGGCGCCGCUCAGCCACCAGGAUGCCAAGGUGGUGGUCAAGAUGUUGCAGAAUUUGACAGCGUGCCCGAACGUUAUCGGCCGCUUUCAUGCCCUGCACAAACUGGCUCCCCAGCACGCUGCCGAAGUUAUUCCUUUCAGUUUGCAAAUUCAGAACCG